AUGGAGGUUGAGGAUGAUUGGGAGCUCUGUUUCCCAGAACUCGGCAAUAUCUCCUGCUGGAAGCCACAGUCUGCUUGGCCUGAAACAUUGCUCACUGUUGUGCUGUACUCCAUCUCUGUUCUCACUGCGGUCCUGAACCUGCUCAUCAUCAUCUCAGUCUCCCACUUCAGGCAGCUCCACACACCCACCAACAUCCUCCUCCUCUCUCUGGCUGUCUCAGAUUUUCUUGUGGGCCUCCUGCUGAUGCCAGUUGAAACAUUUCAAAUAUCAUCUUGCUGGUUUCUUGGUGACCUUGUGUGUUCUCUUUUUAUGUUUGUGUCCUAUAUUAUUGUCUCUGCCUCAGUCGGAGACAUGGUGCUCAUAUCAGUUGACCGCUAUUUGGCUAUUUGUGACCCUCUGCAUUACACCACCAGAAUCACUGUGAAUAGAGUUAAAGUCUGUGUUUGUCUUUUAUGGCUCUGCUCUUUUGCCUACAAUAGUUUUUAUUUAAAUCUGGAUCUGAUCGAAAAAGAAAUCUUUGUUUUUUGUGAUGGCACGUGUGAGGCUUUAUCGGACUCAUCUGCUGCCGACAUUGAUCUUCUUAUAAACUUUAUUGUUCCCGUUACUGCCAUUAUAGUUUUAUAUACGAGAGUAUUUGUUGUGGCUGUGUCUCAAGCUCGUGCCAUGCGCUCUCACAUUACAGCUGUCACAAAGCAGAUUUCAGUGACUAAAACAGAAAAUAAAUCUGAGCUGAAAGCAGCCAGGACUCUUGGUGUUUUGGUAGUUGUGUUUCUAAUGUGUUUCUGCCCUUUUUACUGUGUAAAUCUGGUUGGGCAAAGUUACUUCAAUUAUUCAACUGCAUUUUUUGUGACGUAUUUGUUUUAUUUUAACUCUUGUCUAAACCCUGUGAUUUAUGCCUUGUUUUACCCCUGGUUCAGAAAAACAGUUAAAAUCAUUGUUACUCUUCAGAUACUGAGGCCUGGCUCCUGUGAGGCCAACAUACUGUAG